AUGUCGUCCGAUUAUUCUUCUUCCUCUCCCACCACGUCCCUACACCACUUAGCAGCAGCAGCAGCAGCAGCAUCAACGGAAUCAACCGGCCAUGCUGCCAAACGAUCAAAAAGAAGAGGCAAAUUCUCCGACUUGGUCUUCACCCGCAACUUCUCCACCUUUGACCGGCAAAACGCCCUAGCAGCGUCGUCGCCUUUCCAUGGCUUCUUCACCCUCUUCUGGCUCGGCAUCUCCCUCUUCGUCAUCAAGAUCGGCGCCGAGAACUGGCGGCAGCACGGCAACCCGCUGGGGCGGAACGAGAUUUUUCGAAUCAUGUUCCAUCGGGACCUGGUGGUCUUGCUCAUCGCCGACGGUGUAAUGUGCCUAUCCACCGGCGUUUCCUGGGUCUUGCAGCGCCAUCUUGUCCGUCGAGGCGUGGUCGAUUGGGAUAAGGAAGGGUGGGUGUGGCAGAAUAUCUGGCAGUGUUUGUUCGUGGCUGGUGUGGUGGGUUUCCCACUGUUGAGGGACUGGCCGUGGACACAUACCGUUUUCUUCGUCAUGCACGGCAUGGUGAUGCUGAUGAAGAUGCAUUCGUACGCGUUCUACAACGGGUAUCUGGCGUCGGUGUGGAAGAAGCGGCAGCUGUUGCUGGGAAAACUGAAGGAGCUUGAGCAUGUACAGGUUGUUACCAAGCAUGACCCGAACAGAAGCUGGACGGAGCCGUUCCCGCUGCUGCCGAGAGACCUAUCGACCGAGCAUCUAUCGAGAGUGCCGUCGGCGCAGGAGUAUAAGGAGAGGAGAAAGAUGUCGAUUGCUGCGCAGCAAGGGGCUGAUGGCCAGGAAGGAGAGAAUGAUGUGGCCAAGAUCGUUGCGGCGAUUGACUCGCACGAGCCGUUGAAUGAGGAGCAGGUCCAUGUUUUUGAAAGGGCGCUCAAGUGGGAGGUGGACGCCAUGACGGAUGAGCUCAGGGGCAAGGCGACGGACGACAAGAGGGUGUAUCCGAAUAACCUGACGCUGGCGAACCAUUACGAGUUCAUCGUGCUGCCGACACUGGUGUACGAGCUCGAGUAUCCGCGAUCCGAGUCCAUCAACUGGUACUAUGCUGCCGAGAAGAUGGUGGCCUGUUUCGGAGUCAUCUUCGUCAUGAUCAUGAUCUCGCAAGCCUUCAUAUACCCCGUGGUCAUGGAGACGGUCAGGAUGAAGGAGAUGGGGAUGCCGUUGAGCGAGCGGUUCCAGUAUUUCCCCUGGAUGCUGGCCGACUUGAUUUUCCCCUUCAUGAUGGAGUAUCUGCUGUCGUGGUAUCUCAUCUGGGAGACGAUCCUCAAUUUUGUAGCGGAGCUGACCAAGUUCGCUGACCGGAACUUCUAUGGUGCCUGGUGGAACAGCGUGUCGUGGGAUCAGUUCGCGAGAGACUGGAACCGACCGGUGCAUAACUUUCUGCUCAGACACGUGUACCACAGCUCCAUAUCGGCCAUGAAGGUGAACAAGCACACGGCCACACUGAUCACCUUUUUCUUGUCGGCAUGUGUUCAUGAGCUCGUCAUGUGGUGCAUCUUCAAGAAGCUGAGAGGCUAUUUGCUGUUCCUCCAAAUGUUCCAGUUGCCGCUUGUGAGCUUGAGCAGGACAAAGUGGAUGCGGAAUAGGAAGACAUUGGGGAAUGUUUUCUUUUGGCUGGGUAUAUUCACGGGCCCGAGUAUCCUGUGCAGCUUGUAUCUGAUUCUGUAG